GCCUAGAGUCCAGGCUGCGGUGCUUGCAGGGGAGAGAGAGAGAGCGGCUGAGCCGGCUCCGGGCAAUUGACAUGGCGGCAGCAGCAGCAGCGGCGGCGAAAGGGAAUGGGGCCUGCGGGAAUCGGACCGGGGCGGGUGAUGCUGGUGGCUCGCGCAAGAAGAAGGGCCCGGGACCUCUGGCUACAGCGUACCUGGUUAUCUACAAUGUGGUGAUGACGGCGGGGUGGCUCGUUAUAGCUGUUGGCCUGGUCAGAGCAUACCUGGCUAAGGGUAGCUACCAUAGCCUUUAUUAUUCCAUUGAAAAGCCUUUGAAAUUCUUCCAAACUGGAGCCUUACUGGAGAUUAUACAUUGUGCAAUAGGAAUUGUUCCAUCUUCUGUUGUCCUGACCUCUUUCCAGGUGAUGUCCAGAGUUUUUCUAAUAUGGGCAGUAACACAUAGCGUCAAAGAGGUACAGACCGAAGACAGUGUCCUCCUGUUUGUUAUUGCCUGGACAAUCACAGAAAUUAUCCGUUAUUCCUUUUAUACAUUCAGCCUAUUAAACCAUCUGCCUUACCUCAUCAAAUGGGCCAGGUACACACUUUUCAUUGUGCUGUACCCAAUGGGAGUGUCAGGAGAAUUACUCACAAUAUAUGCUGCUUUGCCCUUUGUCAGACAGGCUGGCCUGUAUUCCAUCAGUUUACCUAACAAAUACAAUUUCUCCUUUGACUAUUAUGCAUUCCUAAUUCUGGUAAUGAUCUCCUACAUCCCAAUUUUCCCCCAAUUAUAUUUCCACAUGAUGCACCAGAGAAGAAAAGUUCUUUCUCAUACUGAAGAACACAAGAAAUUUGAAUAGUUCCUGCUUCCUCCACCUACUAACCCAUCCCCCACCCUCCAGGAAAAAAAAAAAAGAACAAACUUUUCAAUGAUCAAAAAAUGCUGCAGACUUUUUGAGUUCCCAAGCGUUUCAUAGAAAAUAAGUAACGACUAUUUUUAAGAUACUAAAAAAUAAUAAAACAAAAACCAAAAUCCAGUGUCAUCUGGGCCUGGGGUUUUAUAUUACAAACAUACACACACCACA